AUGAACGACAUGGUAAUAAUCCGGACCAGGAAGUUCAUGACCAACCUACUGCUUCAGGAGAAACAGAUGGUCAUCGAUGUUCUUCACACCAGGAAGACAGAAAUUUGGGAAAAACUAGCCAAAAUGUACAAGACCACACCAGAUGUCAUAUUUUGCUCAUCCCGUCAAGUGCCCAUAUUUGUAUUUGGAUUCAGAACCCAUUUUGGUGGUGGCAAGACAACUCACUUUAGCAGUUUUAUGAUUUAUGAUUCCUUGGAUUACACAAAGAAAAAUGAACCCAAACAUAAACUUGCAAGACAUGACCUGUAUGAGAAGAAAAAGACAUCAAGAAAACAGUUCAAAGAAUGCAAAAGCAGAAUGAAGAAAGUCAGGGGGACUGCAAAAGCCAACGUUGGUGCUGGCAAAAAGUGA